AUGACGUUGGGGACAUAUAAUAGACAUCAGGCCCAAAGGAAAAAGCAAGCAGCCUUAGCCGCAGCUUUACGUCAAGGCAUUCGCUGUCAGAAAUGUUUGGAGUACGGACAUUGGAGCUAUGAAUGCAAGGGUAAAAGAAAAAAUUUGGUUCGACCCUCACGAACACAAGUUCUCAAGAAGAAUUUGAAGUCUAAGGAUGAAGGGCAGUGCAGCAAUGGAAAAUGCAAGAUUCCAAACAACACACCUGAUAUACACCUCAGUAUACAUUCUGCACAAAAAAAAUAUGCAGCGUAA